AUGCCACUUUCCUCCGAGAACAAGCAGAAGUUGCAAAAGCAAGUGGAGUUCUACUUCAGCGAUGUGAAUGUGCAGAGAGAUAUUUUCCUGAAGGGGAAGAUGGCAGAAAAUGCUGAGGGUUUCGUCUCCCUGGAGACCCUUCUAACAUUCAAGCGCGUGAAUUCUGUUACGACGGAUGUGAAGGAAGUCGUAGAAGCAAUUCGUCCCAGCGAAAAGCUUGUCUUGUCUGAGGAUGGCCUUAUGGUGCGCCGCAGGGAUCCGCUUCCGGAAUCCAUCCAAACCGAUCACCAAACCGUGUAUGUGAAACCUGUACCACCCACAGCAACACUCGAGCAACUUACCGAAUUCUUCAGCAAACACGGUACGGUGCAGGCGGUAUGGCGCCGUUACUUUGCUGGGAAAAAGGACGCACCUCCAGAGAGCCGCACAAAGCCCUCUGUAUUUGUUGUGUUCAACAGUAGUGAAGAGGCGGAGGCGUUCCAAAAGGCCCCUCCCAUGUACGACGAUGUGCAACUUACAGCAGAGAUGAAAACAACGUACUUGGAGCGUAAGGCGGAAGAAAUAGCAGCAAAGAAGUCAAGUAAAACAAAGAACGGCGGUGCAACUGACAGGGCGGAGAAGAAAACCCCACCCAUGCCGCUUGGAAGUAGCUAUCGUGUAAGCGGUUGUGGGGAGAUGGAGAGUUUCGCCACGGUGAAGAAUCUAUGGCCUGUGGAGGAGCAGAAGGGGAUUCGUUACGUAUUUAUGCCGGAUAAGGAAAGCGCACUGCUCAUAUUUCAGGAUACUCAGACAGGAGAAAAGAUGGUGGCGGACUUAAAGAGCCGUGGUACAACUCUUAACGGUAAACAACCGGAUAUAAAGAAGUUGGAGGGUGACGAUGAACAAAAGCUAUUGGAAAAUGUGGAGAAGGAAAUUGUGGAUCGUGCAAUGCAGAGUGCGAAUAAUCGUUCCGGGCGAGGAGGACGAGGUGGGCGAGGGGGCCGAGGACACAAGCGGUCACGUGAAUAA